AUUGAAUUUAAGCGGAGUAUAAGGCAAUUGAGGAAUUUGAAAAGAUUCGUGAAUUUAUGUUUGUCAAAUAUACAGAUCAUACGAGAAGCAAUUGAAGCAUAUUAGGGUGUUAGAUAUAUUUGAUUUAUAGAUAAAUGGAGCUUGAGGAAGAAGAGCCGAGUGGCGAAGGCGAGGUAGAGGAAAUAGACAGAGAGAACUCCAACGGAACUCCCAUGAAGGAAACCCGUACCCAUUUUCCUGGUGCUGUGAGAAAGAAAGCAUAUACAUUUGAUGGGUUGGGGAGUUUCUUUACCAGGGAAUGGGAUCUUGCUGAAGGAAGAGGCAACGAAUUUUGUUGGUAUCAUGUGGAACUUCCAAAGGGAAACCAGAAACAAGCAUUGUCUGCACAGUACCUUAUUGAUGUCUUUUGCCCUCCUUUGAAGCUUCAAGACAUCCUCUCACUUGUUAGUAAUGGGCCCUUUUGUGGGCAUGUUAACGGAGCAGUUGUCUUUAGGGUGAAUUCACCUGGUCCUGCUUCGAGCAAUUUUACUCUUAGAAUUGCUGCAAGAAUAACUGAUAAUUCAUUGAUUACUGUGUCUUUGGGUCGUGUUCCCAGAUUGGGAUUCUCCCCAAUGGGUCAAUCUCUUCUUUCAGAGAUUCCUAGUGUGGAAAAUCCCAAUUUGGCAAGAGAAGAGAAGGAAGGGGAUGCGAUUGUAAUUAGGGAACAUGUUCUGGAGUUCCUAUUAACAAUGAAUCAUUCUGAGGAAGCUGAUAAUCCUGUUCCACGCACUCUCUCAAAUCUUGUUAUUCAUGUAAUUGACACACAUGUGGAUCACAUCCAAGACAUAGUGACCAAGCUUGAGAUCGAGUUGGAUGCAAUAGAGCUCGAAGUGGAUAAAGGUGGUUUUUCCUUAAAAAAACAGAUGCUGGAUGACAGAAGAUUUCCAAAAAUGCAUCUAGAUUUACAGCGCCUCUUGCAGGUGAUUGCAUAUGGAGAACAAGUGUUCCCACGUGUCAGAGAAAAAUGUUCGACAAAAAGUUGGUUUAGCAGCGAAGACAUUGUCUCUCUUGAGGAGCUGAUUGGACGUUUGAGGAGGCUAAAAGAGAAUGUCGGUUUUAUUGCAAAUCGUGUAACAGCAAUACAAGCUGGCCUUGACAGUUGGCAAGCAGAGCAAAUUAAUAAGAAGCUUUACUACCUAUCCUUCCUUUCAUUAAUAUUCCUUCCUUUGUCUAUCAUCACUGGAGUAUUUGGAAUGAAUGUGGGAGGCGUUCCUUGGACAGGGCAAGGUGACCCUGCCAUAAAAUCUGGUUUCCGCAAUGUCAUGCUUCUUUGUGUUGUAGUGUUGCUGCUCUUACUGCUUUGCUUCACUUUCCCUGCUAUCUAUGCUCGUAUAGCCGCUUGGAGGAGACAGAGAGCUCUGAGGAGGAGCUGGACUCUAAACAGGAAAUCUUUCCUAAAGAGAACGAUCAGAGGGGAAUCUCAAGACAGAGCAGGUUACUCCCGCAUAUGAAAAUAUCAUACAAGCUUCUUGGUUUGAUUACAUUGUUUCUUGAAUAACAUGUAUGGGUUUAGUGCUUCCAGCCAGCCUUCCAGGACCUGUGAAAAUUUAUCCACCUCAAUAGAACCACCAGACGCAGAUAUAGACGGAGGUUUCAGAUUGUUUACUGGAGCUUGCCAUUCUUGUUGAGUAUUCAUGAAGGGUAGGCUUUCUGUUGAAGAUGUGGCUUGUCCAUUGAAGCUUUUGUAUAAUCCUUAUUCACUUAAUUUUUUCACUAUUAUUCUUUUUGUUGGAUUAGCAAAGCUCUCACACUUUGGGAUUUGUAGACUGAUUAUAAUCCAAAUACACAUUAACUUGGUAGUUUCAGGCU